AGCCUUUCAACGAGGCAGUAUGACCGAGUAUUGUUGCUGCGCUGCUCUGCGUGCAGUUACGGUAAUGGUGCUGAUGAGGGCGAGGAAGACGUGUGAUGCUGCUGCUGUGUCCUGCUGCCAUUUCAUCCGCGGAUCCUCAAGAAAAUAUCAACAGUCAAAUAAACCAGGAGCUCGGAUCAUCUGUCGUUUUGCACACACAAAAGGCCGGUUUAUCUUUAAAAACGAAUCACGUGUUAAUGGUGGACAAGAGGCCUGGUAAUAUGAUACAUGUUAUUGGCGGGUUAUAAGACAACCACUGCUACUCUGGAUGAUCGUUUUUAGAAGACAUAGCCUAAUCAUCAAUAUGGGGUUUGCUUUUUACAGGGAACUGAGCUCUUAACUUGAAGAUUUUAUUUUGGGAAGACAUGGAGACGAUAUGGCUUUAUCAGUUUCGGCUGAUCGUCAUUGGAGACUCCACGGUCGGCAAGUCUUGUCUGAUCCGAAGGUUUACUGAGGGCCGCUUCGCCCAGGUGUCAGACCCGACCGUGGGGGUGGACUUCUUCUCCCGCCUGGUGGAGAUCGAGCCCGGCAAAAGAAUCAAACUUCAGAUCUGGGACACUGCGGGACAGGAGAGGUUCAGGUCCAUCACCAGAGCUUACUACCGUAACUCAGUGGGCGGGCUCUUACUCUUCGACAUCACAAACCGCCGUUCCUUCCAGAACGUCCACAACUGGCUGGAGGAGGCCCAGAGCCACGUCCAGCCACACAACAUUGUCUUCCUGCUGGUCGGUCACAAGUGUGACCUAGAGGCCCAGCGCCAGGUGACCCAGCAGGAGGCAGAGAAGAUGGCGGGGGUCUACGGGAUGCGCUACGUGGAGACCUCGGCACGAGAAUCUAUCAACGUUGAGAAGGCGUUUGUGGAUCUGACAAGAGACAUCUUUGAGCUGGUACGGAACGGGGACAUCAAGAUCCAGGAUGGCUGGGAGGGCGUCAAGAGUGGAUUUGUUCCCAACACCGUCCACUCCUCUGAGGAGGUUACCAAGGGCAGCCGGCAAUGCUUCUGCUGAUUUACCUGGCUGCAGCAUUUGGGGGUGACAGGUAAUACUUCAGUGGACUCCAUCUGUAGGAGAUCUACGCCUCGCGCCUGGCUGCAUUCAGGCCAGUAUUUUGGGACUGGUAAUAUUUUCCCUGCUCAGUUAGGCCUUCACACUUUACUUCUAUAUAAAAUACAUAGUUUCAUCUUUCCAGUGCCUGUUAAUGGCUCUUCAUUGAUGUUCCUAACAGGCGUAGAAGCACAAGAAGCACAUCCUAACCCUAUCACUGUUCUGUGUGCAUGUGUGUGUGACUGUAAUAAUCCUGCUGUCUUUCCAGCUCUCAACGCUUCAGCUUUACCACACUUUUGGCCUUUCCUGAUGUGUACAGUUAUAAUCCAGUGGCCAAUUAUGUUGUUGGCGCACAUCUUUUAAAGACUGAUACUGUCAGUGUAGUGUGUUUAUGCUCUCAUGUUAAUUUAUAUCUGAACCAGUGAUGCCAAGACUGAGCCAUGCCUCUUCCUUUUCACGCAUUAUACUCAAAAUAUAUUGCAACCUUGUACAGACUAUAACCAGUGAGAGAGACGAGACAGAAAGAGGUCUUCACUGAUUGAACUGCAUUACAAAUGCAAGUGGCUUAAUAAAUAAAGAGAGCGGAGGAUAAUAAACAUGAACUCAAAUUGUAGAAAGGUUUGAGACUCAGCUGGACUCUGUGUCAUGUAACAACUGCUGGAGAAAGAGUUUGCAAUGUGAAAAUGUUCAAUGGUACAUUUGCUGAAAGGAAAAGCUACUGUAGCUGCUCACUGAUAGCCAUUAUAACCACUUUAAGUCCAAGUGGUGCUGUCCUUUUUAAAUACUUUAAUCAAUACGGUAAAUACCCAAGUUCAUGUUUUCUACUCUGUGCUGGUUUAAUGGUGAGAAAGGUUAACCUUAAAGCCAUUUGUAUGGAACCCUAAGGUGUUCAGUAUUAAAUAAAUCAAAACAGACAUUUUGAACUUAACAAUCAUGUGAAUAAAUUAUAUAAAAUAUAUAAAUGAACCAACAAUGUGUAAAAUAACUAAAAGAAUACUGAACUCAUUAUUAUGUCAUGCUAUUUCAUUAGUUCAUUUUUAUUUGGUUAUUGACAUUUUACUUCAAAUGUUUGUUUGUUUUAAUUUCAUAAUGACAUUUUCUCAAUGAAGUUUAUUUCAGAUCACAUUUUAUUUUAUAAUUUCAAUUUACAUGACAAUGGUGUUGUCAUUGGCCCCUCACCUUGCCCAUGCCUCCUGCCUCUCUUUAACCAGCUGCUAUCAAAUUUAGCCCUUUAACUUUAUAGGUAGCUCCUGUUAGAACGACAACAAUGUCAAAGUUAUUCUCAAUCAGCCUUCUCGCUGCUGCUGCUGCUGCUGCUGUAAAUAAACACAGACACAGUGACUAAACCUUUUUAGCUUUUAAAUCUUAGCUUGGCAAGCCUGCACAUGCUAAGUUUACAACAUAGCUGGCUAACAAGCUAGGCAGGGUUGUGAGCUUGAAUUAUUUUUCAGCAUCAAAGUGAAAAGACAGUGUUAGCUAGCUCCUGUUAGCAACCAGAGAGAGAGAGAGAGAGAGAGAGAGAGAGAGAGAGAGAGAGAGAGAGAGAGAGAGAGAGAGAGAGAGAGAGACUGUCUGGCUUUUUGCUCUUCUCAGAGUUGUGUUUCUAUGAGGAACAUAUUUAGGAACAAAAUGCAGCCAAAGUUACUCUGAAUUUACCAACUGUGUUUAUUUACAGCCGCUGCCUCCUCCAGUUGGUUCAUUCGGGAUUACUUUGACAUUGUUGUCGUUCCAGCCAACAGGAGCUAACUGGCUACAUUUAAUAGCUGUUGUUGAGCUAGCUUAAGAGAGACAGGGGGACGUGUGAUUUGGCUGAAAGGUGAGACAACGGUGACAUCAGUAUCAUUAAAAAUGACUUUAUGAAGUAAAAAGUGACAUAAAAUAAAACUAUAAUUGGAAAAUAAAUCAUGAAAUAAAAAGUAAAAUUUCAAUCAUGAAAUACAAAUGAACUCCAAUAAAAUUUCUGAAAUGAUCCCAAAAUUAUUGUUUUAUGAUUUAUAAAUUGAACACAAUUUAUUCAUAGAAUUCUUUAUGUUAGAAUUUAUUCAUUGCUAAUUUAUUCAUUAUUGAACACUUUGGGGCUCCAUACAUAUUUGAAUAUCAAUUAUUAACAUUACAUGACACCUUUAGGUGAUAAUCUCCUCUCACACGUAUGCCUACAAUCCAUUUAUAGAUUCAAUCAUAUCCAUAUUUAAUCAAUGCUCGCCUCCAUUUUAACUCAAAUUUUCCAAAGAAAGAAAAUAAUUUUUACUUUUGAUAUCAUGUAAAUAGCCACCAGUACCUGGAAUCUUAUCAGACAGAUCAGAGUUAAUGAAGCUACAAAAGUGUAUGUAAAACACUGAAAGUGAACAAAUGCAGAUUAUUUGAACCCCACUACAACUUCAGGUCAGAAUGGUGGCAUAACUAUUUACUAAUUCUGACAGUUUAGAAAUAAUGAUGAGUGAGUUCAUUUAUUUUAACCGUGCAGUGGAAAUGUCUUUUUCGAGUGCCUUUUGGAGGAAAGAAGCCUAAUUCGCAAACACACACAGUCAACUUGCUGUUCACAACUGUGUUUAUCCUGUGAAUAUUAAAAUCUAAACUGUAAAGUGGCGGGGGACAUAUUGGUAUCACAUUACACAACCUGUAAGUAACUUAUUUGAAACCAUAAACCCUGCAAAGUUGACUGUUUGAUGUUGUUGUGACUCUGGGAUUAUUACAGCACAAGUGUCAUCAAUAAUUAAUACCUGGAGACAUUAAUAAAGAUUUGCCUUGCGCAAAAAAUUGGA